CUUGAAUAUAAUAAAAACUGGAGGCUUCAGAUUUAUUGUGUACAUCCCUGUGAUGAAAACAGAAAUUUUGCGGACUUCAGAUAUCUUCAACAUUGUUCCUCAACUUGCAAAUUACUAAAGAUUUCAAAUACUAAAGAUGCGUAUUUUAGGACAUACACACAUCUGAAUAUCAUCAUUACUCUCGGAAAUUUUCAUUAAGAUGGUACAUUUAGUAUAAAAGUUAUUCAGCAAUUCAUUUUCCAUCGUUAACGCUACACUGAAGUCCAAGCGCUGCCGCUGAGUAAACAACGCAUGUGAAAACCGGUUAUUCAGUGUGUUGAGAAAUCGUCCAAAAAUGCAAAUUAAACAAAAACGCGUGCUCUUCGUGGCCUUUCUUGUUGCCUUUGUAUGCCUUCCUGUAUAUGUCGAAUCAUCUUAUAAGUGUCUUAAUACAAACAAUUUUUUUUCAUUUCGUCCUCCAAAUAAUGGAUUUGGUAUUGGUCUUCAAGUUACAAGUAGAGCGACGCAUCAGGUGAUGACACGAAUAUUUUCAAUUUUUUUAAAGGAAGUACUAAAUUAUAAGGAUGUGCAAAUAAUUCCAUUAGUAUUUGAAAACUCUUCAGAUCCUGAAAAUUUGUUGCGAACCUUAAAAUAUGUUAAAUACUAUAAGGAAUUGCAUCAGAUUUCAAUGAUCAAUUUGGAGGUUUGGGCGCCCUACACCAUACAUAAGGAGCCACAACCAAAUAUAUAUAGUGCCGGUGCGUCUAUAGCUCCCGGUCGAUUCAGUUGGUUUGUGCCUAGAUCACAAAUUUCGAUUGAUAAUAAAGACUGCAGUCUGCAUUAUGAAGUCUUUAAAGAUAUUAAUAAUGCAUAUUAUUCCCUAUACAUAAUGGAUGAUAAUGUUAUAAAAAUAUUAAGAGACAGAAGUGUUGAAGAAUAUGCAAAUCCAAACUGUGGGAAAAUUAACUGUGCCACUCUAAUAGCAGAGUGGCGAAAUGAUUCGUAUUUCAUUACAGAGGAACUAAAUGAGAGCUAUCUAAAUGUAGUUUGGUUGGGAGAUCAAUUUAGAGAUACUAUAAAAGAACUGCAUACUAUGUAUAGUUCAAGUUACACUCGAGGACAAAAAAGAUUUGUCGUUCUACAUUGGGUUCCUUCAGAGAUAAUUGAUGCUGAUAUUAAAUUUGCUCAAAUAGCAUUGCCUAGAUGUGAAGAUUAUGAAUUUCUCAAAAGGUCGAAUUGCCGAUACGAGCUAACUCCGAUUCUUAAAUAUUAUCCAGGAAGUUUAAUAUAUGACAAGCGAAUGAUGUACGCUCUUCGAAAUUUUUAUAUCAAUGAUAUGGACUUGAAAAAUAUUCAAAAAGAACUUAGUAUCCAGAGAGCGCAUACAAAAGAUUCUGAAGAAUUGUUUAAUAAUGUUGCGUGUAACUGGCUGCUCCAGAAUUUUGAGACUUACAGCCGCUGGGUAUUACCAAGGACGGUGAAAACACUGUCGAUUGGUGGUAUAUUCCCAAUCUAUAUAACUGAUUGGGGACAUGAAAAUAUUAUUGAAGCAUCGCAAAGAGCUGUCGAUGUAAUCAAUGAAAAUAAAACAGUUCUACCAAACUAUAAUUUAGAGAUAUUAAUAAAAGAUGGACAAUGCAAGUCGGAUAUGGUUUUGAAAUCAUUUAUACAUUAUUUCAAUAAGCCAAAUAUGUUGGGUGUUCUGGGACCUGCCUGCAGCGAAACAGUGGAGCCCAUUGCUGGUAUUUCGAAACAUUUAAAUAUGAUGAUCAUAUCAUAUUCUGCUGAGGGCAAUUCCUUUGUUGACCGCGAAGCAUACCCAUACUUCUUUAGAACGAUAGGGUCAAACAGUGAGUACGUGGAUGCGUACAUCAAAAUUAUGCAACAACUCGGUUGGUGUCGUGUCUCCACAUUGACAGAAGACUCCCAACAAUAUACAGGCUAUUUGUCUCGUAUGGAGAGCAAACUGAGGCUUUUUAACUUUACCUUAGCUUUUAGUCGAAAGGUUCCGAGUGAUGUUACAGCUCCGGAUAUGAGAGAGCAUUUGGUCAAAUUAAAAGAAGCCCAUUCAAGAAUCAUUAUUGCUGAACUGCAAAGCGGGAGUGCGGCCAUUACCAUCUGUGAAGCUAUAAAACUGGGUAUGACCCAAAAAGAGAACUAUGUUUGGUUCUUACCAUCCUGGCUAUCAAAAGAUUAUGAAUUGUGGAACAUGAAAGUUGAUAAUAGGUGUUCUAUUGAGCAGUUUCGGAAUGCAAUCGAAGGGCACUUAAGUAUAAGGCACACACCAUUUGGCGAGCUGAAUGCAGAAAUGCAAGAGGGAAUGUCUAUAAAUUCUUGGUUAACUACUUAUAAAAAUAAGUAUUCUACGUUCUCAAGUUAUGUAGGAUUUGUUUACGAUGCAGUGUGGACCUAUGCUCUUGCAGCACAUAAGUUACUGGAGAAUAACUCUGAUGCCUUCAAUGAGUUAAGGUCAAUAGAAGUUACGAAGAAAUUGUCCAAGCUGAUUAGAGAAACAGACUUUAAUGGCUUGUCUGGACAUGUUAGAUUUGGUACAGGCGAAUUUGGGGGUUCACGUAUAAUUGAUCUCGACAUUUUACAGUGGAGAAAUUCGACGUAUGAAAGAAUUGGUCUAUUCAAGCCUAUUGUUGAGGGAAGUGCAUCAAAAAUGCAUAUUAAUGGAGGACACCUAAAUUUUUCGACAAAUGAAGCGUUUCAUGGUCAGGUACCUGAAGAUGGACGAUAUGACUGUAGAUUUUCGGCCUUAGCCCGUUGUUUGCAUGUAACUUGUGAUAUUGCUUCAAUGAUAUUCAUAAUUUUUCAAUGUCUUAUAAUAAUUGUGUUGAUGUCGCUAAUUUCUUGUUAUUUUUGGAAAAAACGCUACGAUCGCAAAGUAAGACAGUCUGCCCAAAUAAUGAAAAUGUUUGGAAUUGACUUGAUUUCACCAUCAAGAAACAAAGUAAAUACAUUAGAUAAAUGGGAAGUACAAAAAGAUAACGUUGUGAUCAAUAGACGAUUGGGCGAAGGGGCCUUUGGCACGGUCUUUGGUGGUGAAGCGCGAUUGGGCUCUGACGAGUGGACUGCAGUGGCUGUGAAAACUUUGAAGGCUGGGCAGUCUACAGAAGACAGAUUAGAUUUUUUGGCAGAGGCAGAAGCUAUGAAAAAGUUUAGUCACAAAAAUAUUAUAAAACUUUUGGGAGUUUGCUUGCAAACGGAGCCAAUUUACACAAUAAUGGAAUUCAUGCUUUAUGGAGAUUUGAAGACGUACCUUUUGGCCAGAAGAAACAUGGUCAAUGAGAAAAUAGCCGAUGAGUCAGAUAUAUCAUCAAAGCGUUUGACUAUGUAUGCUAUGGAUGUAGCGCGCGGCUUGGCCUAUCUUGAAGAACAAAAAUAUGUUCAUCGUGAUAUUGCGUGUAGAAAUUGUUUGGUAAACUCCCAGCGAGUGGUUAAAAUAGGUGACUUUGGUAUGGCUCGACCUACAAUUGAAAGUGAUUAUUAUUGCUUCAACAGGAAAGGUGUACGGAAGCUUUUCCCAGUUCGGUGGAUGCCUCCUGAAACACUUUCGUUGGGGUUAUUUACGACUGCUUCCGACAUAUGGUCAUUUGGAGUUGUACUCUAUGAAAUUAUAUCAUUUGGAUCGUAUCCGUAUCAGGGCUUAACAAAUAAUCAAGUUCUUGACUUUGUGAAGGCCGGUAAUACACUACGAAUACCAAACGGUGUAAAGCCACAGCUGGAGGGUCUUUUAAAGUCCUGUUGGAGUCAGGAUGUCAGUAAACGUCCAACUGCGUUAGAAAUAAUAGAAUACAUUUCCAACUACCCACGAUUGCUGACACCGUGCAUAGAGUUUUCCGGAACGGCGGUUCAACUAUCAGAGUCUGAAUGUGAUGAAGUAGAAAUGUUGCCCACUUGUUACAAGUCUUCACCGUCGAAAAACGAACUCAAAUUCGACCUUCUGCCACGCCAACGCAGCAGUUCUGAUUUUAAAAAAUCUAACAUUGUAGCCCAAAAUGAAUUUCCCAAAUUUGAGGGUAAUGAUUCUGGUUCGCCCUGUAAUGUUUCUGUUUCACAAACUACACCAGAUGGUUAUAGCAUAAUGACUCCACUUUUGACGCAUCAAGCGAAUGACGAUGUAAACGGUAAAAAAUCAUAAGAACUUUGUAUAUAAAAGGUCUAAAAGUUAAUGACUUGAAAUUAUAAAUCAACGAAAUGCGAAACAAUAGAAAUUGACACCAGUUUUCUUAUUAAUAUUGGUUAACUUAUGCCCUGCAUAUCUGAAAAAUACAUUUAAUUCAUAAAAGCUAAGCAAAAUUAAGUACAUAAGUCUAGCUAUAAGAAAAAAUGACAUAACUGACAAAAAUGACAAUAAUGUAUGCAUUUUGGGUUUCUGAAUAGAAGACAGUUAAAUCUGUGCUUCUCUAUACUAUUAGAUCAUAGGGCAGGUUAUCUUAAGUCUAUU